AUGCACGAAUCUUUUGCUUCGGAGAAAGAAAAGAAGGCGGAUAAAUAUUUAUUCAAAAAGUUGCAAAGUGACGCUGAGAAAAGAUUGCGGGAUUCUUGGUCGACAUUUCUAUGUAGCCGAUCUAAAGUAAUAAUAGGUCAGUGGGAUGAAUUGGGCGUCUCUCCAAAAAAGUUGUUUAUUGAUACGGACAUAAUUGCAAAGGUUUACCUUCACGAUGUGCAAAUUAUGCUGCCAGGAAUAAAAGAUGUGCGUUCCUUUGAAGAUGUUUCGUAUAACUUAGCGCUUUUAGAGCGCAUAAAGCCUUGUCCCGGAAUUGAUAGAAGAACAAGGUCGGAAGCAUGUUGUGGAUAUAUAGAAGAAAACUCUCGCAGCGAAUUUUGCAUACCAUGUCGCCUGCAACGACGGAAAAUUAUAAGUCGUGAAGCAUAUCAAAAGAAACGAUCAGAGAAGGAAUCAAGAAACAAGAAACCGAACCCAGUUACGAAAUUCAGAGAAGGCAUGAAGCACAUGAAAAAAAUGCGCUCAAAUGAAUAA